CUACGUACGAUUAAUAGAAUCCAAUAACGUACAUUUGCGUUGUAUGUUGCAGGUUGGCAAUGUAGUAAGGUUGUACUUAGGAGGAAGAAAAACUGACCAACAAAGACUAUGUGGCGACGGUGGAGGAAUAUCGACAGGUUUCAUCCUUAACGACUUGUUACGAAUGGAAAGCUUACUCCGCCCUCUGUGGAUUGGGCGACGAUUUGGUUUCGAAGGACGCCUUCGAGUGGCUGCUCUCCAAACCGACCAUGCUGAUCGCUGCAACCGACUAGUGUCGUCUCCAGGAUGACAUUGCUAACAACAUGGUGCACUACUUGACCGACCCUUCGGAUCACAACUUAUCGAUGUCGAUGUUGAAAGAGGAUGAGAAAGAAAAGAAGGCUACACUUGUGGAAUGUUACAUGAAGCAGUACGACGUCUCACAACAAGAGGCAGCCAAGGCAGUGGAUGAUUUCAUUGAAGAGGACUGGAUGAUAAUGAACGAGGAGCUGUUGAACCCACCGCCGAAUGUACCCAUACAACUUCUUAUGGUGCUUCUCCAUUUUGCCAAGAACAUGGAUACGCUCUACAAGGACUAUGAUGGCUACACGCACUGUGACACCAACACCAAGGAUAUGAUCACGGCUCUUAUUGUUACUCUCAUGGUCAUUUCAUGAAAUGUUCGAAUCGAUCGUCUAUAAUAAUGAAAACACGAUAAGGGUCACGUCAAUUAAUAUCGUGGAUUAGGGUUUAGUCUUGAUCAUGAAGUUUGUUUUAUUUUGGUGUGCUUUUGGACUUUUUGUUCGCUUUGUUUGACCAGUGUGUUCUUCAUAGCAUCUCUGCGGAUAUCUUUUUAUGACAAAUGAAAUAAUGUUUCGCUCCUAGUUUCUGAGAUGGAUUUUUUCUUAUUAUGGAAAAUUUAGUUUGCAGCUGGUAAAUCUUGCUAUUGAGUUUUCCGGAUCCCGACACGAUCCAAAUACCUGGAUAUCUAAAAUACAAAAUACGUAUCGAACAUCAGAUCAUCACACAUAAGUUGAUUGAAAACAAGUGGACAAAAGAUCAGGUCAAAACUACUACUUAUACUAGUGUUGUUAGAAUUGGAUUGGACAUCAAACCGAAUUAGUAAAAGAUUCAAGGUUUACAAAUCAAUUACUUACAAUUUGUAGAAAUGGAUACAUUAUGAAUUCAUGGUAGUUAUUAAAAUUAAUUAAUACCGGUCUAUAAAUCCUACAUCUCAUCUACAUAUUUAAGAGCACUAGUGCACAACCAAUAUUCUUAAUCACAUAUACAAUUUCCAUAUUCAUAUUCGAAUGGGAGUUGUUUGAGUUCCGAUAUUAAGAUUGAAGACAGGAUUAAUAUAGAAACCAACAGAGAAUAACACGACGAAUUAGUAUAAUUACUUGGUUAACUUAUCUGGUGAUAAUUAUCCCUACUAUAUAUGGCAUCUUUAUAUAUUUUCGAGCAUUUUGGCUUUUACUGGAAUGUUUACUUGUCCACUUCUGCGACACUAUAUUCGCUUAAUUUUGUCGCAGCUUAUCAUUCGCAAGCAUGUGAUUAACACAUGUUUCCCUGACAUGUUGCAAACUUUUUUGAACAGAUGAGUUUUCCCAUUAUUAAUUCAUGGAACAGAGACAAAGAGCAGGUGAGCUGCAGGUACUUGAUUAACUUACCUAACUAUUCGUUUAAUAUUUUGGGUUAUAAUAAUCAUUAUUUACCAUGGUUAAUGGUUUCGCUUAAAAUUAUUAUUGUAUACAGGGAUGGAGCCAGGAUUUGAGUAUCAGGGGCUGGGUUUUUUUUCCCCUCGUAUCAUCGAAAAAGCCAUAAAAGCACAAAAAUAAUUACCAAUAAUAAGAAAAUCAAAUUAUUAUUUGAGAUAAUUAGAUUCAUUCAAAGUAGGAAUUAAUGCUAAAAUAAAAAUUUAUCAUAUUAUUUAACUACAAAUGAGUUAAUUGCCAACAAAAAUCAAUAAUACAUUUCAAUAUGCAAUAUGUUUUUAACAAUUUUCACAACGGUAAAAGAAAUGUUCAAUAUAAAAUUUACUUAUUAUAUGGCAAAAAUAAUAGUUAAAAUUUGGAAAUGAAAAGCUAAAGAAUUUAAUUAAUAUAGUAAUUCACAGAUUUCAAAAAAUCAAAUAUAAAAGUCACAGACUAUGCGACUAAGUUUGUAUCUAAGUAAGACUGGAAACUAAAAAAAUAAAGUUGCUCUCACUGGGUUUCAUGCCCGAGCUUGGUCGGCAUUAUUGCACUACAACUUCCGCUAGACCAACUCUACUUUACGUUUCUAUUUUGGCAAAUGUCAUUUAUUUAUUCACAACAUCCUUAAGUAAUACGUAAUUCGCAAAGAUCAUAUUGAAUUUAUGUGUAACUUUCAAAAUUCUCGUGGCCCCCGAGCCAUAAGCUAGUUCCACCCCUGAUUGUAUACAUCGUAAGUUAACAGUAGGGGUGGCUAUACGGUCUGAUCAGGUUAAACUGGACCAAACUUAUUCGGUCACAGUCCGGUCUUUUCGGGAAUAUAAGAACCAAAGAUUGGAUUGGAUACAAUCCAGUCUUGAUUUGGUCCGGUCUUUACCCGGUCCGGUCCUAAUUUGAUCUUGAUUUUAGGUGUUGGGGGUCUCUUAUCUGGAUUUUUUUUUACCUCAAAUCUAACCCCGAAUAUGAGAUUGGAUUGUUUGUUAUCCGCUCCCGGUCUGGGCUAUACGAUCCGGUUUAUGAUAAAACCAAGCAGUCCGGACCAAAUAGCCAGCCCUAAUUAAUAGGGCAUCCUUGUCCUCUUUUUGUCACAGUUGCUAUUUCUGACAUAAUCUUUGUGGAACAUUUUUUUUUUUUUUGAACAGAUGAGUUGCUUCUAUCUUUAUGGAAGAGAGACUAAGAGCUGGUUUGCUUGUAGAAUUUUGAUAAGGGAUUUUGUCUCAAAAUCCCACGUAUGAUGGAUUAUGUCUUAAAUCCAUGUUUGUUGAAUAAAAUGAGGUUGGCGUUAAUUUGUGGGGCCCAUAGAUGUGGGAUUAUUUUUGGCUCAAAAUCAAUGGACCCCACGGAUUAUAAAAUCUCACGUUAUGAGCUAGAAUUUUGAGAGAAGCCAAAAUCAAUGGACUCCACUAAUGAUAAAAUGGCCAAAGUAUCCUUAACUACAAAAUAAAAAUACUUUAUUAAUGAUAUGAAUAAAGAUAUGAUGGUAAAUUCAUCAUGCAACUCAUAAAUCCAUUAUACUAUAAUCCAUUUUGAAAUCCAACAAGCAAACAUGUUAUUUCUAAAAUCCAACACAAAUCUAAAAUAACAAAAUCCAACAUAAUCCUUUACUCUCAAAAUCCAAGGUUUUACCCAAAUUUCUCAUUUUAUAAAAUCCAACAAGCAAACGACCCCUAAAGUAGUUAACUUGACCAAGUGAGAGAAGUGAGCUACUUUUUGCUCUAGUUCUGUAAAGGGUUUGAGUUGAGGUACUCGACUUGUAGUUAGAAUCAUCAAAUAAAAAAAAAAGUUAGGAAAUUAGGUCAAAUAGGGAUGGACACCUUUGAGUCAAAACUUAAAGCAACAAGCCCAACUCGAUUAACAAAACAAAUUUGUGCUCUUACUCAUAAUUUGUAGUUCGUUGUUUCUCUUACUUUGCUUCUUGUUUGCAGGAACUCUGUUUUGCAACUCCUCUUUUAUGCUCUACCGAGCUCUCUAAGGCGGGAUGAUAACUGACAUUAAUUUGAAGACGACAGGCCUGUGAACGCCAACUUGGAUCUGGGCCCUCGAACUAAUUUUAAAUGAUUCGAGAAAUAUUAAAAAGUUUGUAGAUAAAUAUAUUUAAUGUGAUAAAUAAAUAAAAGAAUGAGAAAAAGUAGGAGAGAAAAUUAUCAAGAAUCAAGAUAUAGAAUCUCUUUGAUUAUGAGAGAUUUAAUAUCCGUAGAUCUAAGAUAUUUGAAAUCUCUAAAGCUACUAUCUAUAAUACAUAAAGCAAUAAAAAAUAUACAACUUUCUACAAAAUCUACGAAUACAUUAAAUCCAUGCACUAAAUAUCCUAUUCUCCAAACGGACCCCAUAAAUUGAGAUAUUUAGUGUGUAUUUUCCAUACUUCUUUUUCCAUUUCUUAAAAUGUUAGGUGCUAGCAAAAUAAAUUUUAACCUGAUAAUUAGAGUCAAAUACCAUUAGACACUUUCAAUUAUCGGUAAUGACGCCGGAUUAUCUUUCUAUUAUUGUUGCUUCUCUCUCUUUUUCUUUUUUUUUUAUACAAUUUGUUGCUUCUCUUUUAUGCAUAUAAAUUAUAAAAUAAUUGUUCAUCACACCGUAGCAGACAGAUCUAACAAUGACCUUACAAGUUACAACCAAAACAAGGAGCAAUCCAAAAACAAAGCUGACACAUUUAGUCACUAAUUGUGCAGAUAUGUUUAAUUAAUAAGAUGACCAAUAAUAAUGAAGAUUUUGAAGCAAAGGAUAUCUACUAUGACGAGUGCACGGACAAAGACCUUACAUUAGUUACCAGGAAUCUUAUCCCAUUAGGGCAUAAUUCAUAUUUUAAUUCAAUUUAUUAUACAAUAGACCAAACCAUUUUACAUCGCUUCUCCAUAAGUUAUUAUACAAUAGGACAAAGGAUAUCUACUAAGAAAAAAAUAGGGUGCUUGAUGAGACGACACCUCAUUAAGCAGAAUCAUUAGUAAUCAAGCAAAACAAAUCAAAUAUAGGCAUUAAUACAUCCACAGAAAUAAUGAAAUACUCAUAUUAAAUAAUGUUCAAUCACUACUCAAAACCAUCGAUGGACUUUCACUCAAAAGCGCGGAGAACGUUGACAUAGAUUUAUUUUGGGUUAUAUGUAUAAUAUGGGCGCUAUGCCCCUCUGUUAUGCAUUUCUAUAAAUCAUGCCACUUUACUAAUUUUUGACAUCAAACAUGCGUUUCUGAUAAAACUUAUACCCAAAAAUUGUUAACUACAGUCAAACUGUGGUUCGAACGACCCGACUGGACAUUGAAGCCAAUUAGAAAGGGGGUUCAAAGUUUAUCGCUGGUUAAUCGGUAGAAAAUCGUUUAUAAAAUCAUUUAGUUAUGAUUUGUACUUGCAAAUUUUGUAAAUUCAUGAUAGUUAUGAAAAUUCAUACUAAUAAAAAAAAAGUAUACGU